GUCAGCACACGACUGCGCUAACAGAUAUGACGCCUCCUAACGGAAAAUAAAAGACUAGCCGGAGUUACCAUUAUUUUACGAAUUAUCACCCCUUUAAACUUUUAACAAUCAUGACAGCCAAAGCAGAGAAAGAAAGACAGCGGCAAGUACAAGAGAAAUGCCAAGCGAUAUUAGCGCAGAUGUUAAGGGAAGAUGAUAAUAAAUACUGUGUGGACUGUGAUGCUAAAGGACCAAGAUGGGCAUCAUGGAAUCUUGGCAUAUUUUUGUGUAUACGAUGUGCAGGAAUACAUAGAAAUUUAGGUGUGCAUAUAUCUAAAGUAAAAUCUGUAAAUCUUGAUACAUGGACUCCUGAGCAAGUUGCAUGUCUACAGCAAAUGGGAAAUAGCAAAGCCAGAGCUGUUUAUGAAGCCAAUCUUCCAGAUAAUUUCAGAAGGCCACAGACGGAUUCAUCUUUAGAAGCUUUUAUUAGGGCCAAGUAUGAACAGAAAAAGUAUAUUGCUAAAGAAUGGGUGCCACCACCAAUGCCUAAACCUGCCUUUGAUAUUGAAGAAGAUCGUAAAAAGGAGAAAGAGAAAAAACGAUCUCGAACAAAAGGUGCUACAGUUGAAAUACCGACAAUUCAGCCAUCUGCUUUGCCAAGACCUCAUCCUGUGGCUACUACACCAUCAAAAACUUUUGAUAACGGAGAAAAGAAAGUAUCUCCAGUAAAUGAAACACCCCAAUCUGCAUUGGAUUUAUUAGAUGCUCCAUCCAGUCAGAAUUCUGAUGAUUUAUUUGAUGCUUUUUUGAGUGCAACUCCUUCUACAAGUUCAAAUUCUGCAACUUCAUCAUCAUUAGCUAAAUCAUCGGAUGUGAAAAAAUCUGAAGAAACUGAUUUUUUUAAUCAAAUAUCUACAUCAGAAACUCCUAAAAAAGCUGUGAUGAGUAAAGAAUCAAUUCUUUCUCUUUAUGGUUCUGGUAAUGCUCAAAAUCAACAAUCUGUUUUUGGUGUACCAGGUGGAAUGUACGUAAAUCAACAAGUCUAUGUUCAAAAUACACCUUUUGUAGCUGGAGUUUCUGCACCAAUGGCUAAUAUGCCUAAUGGCAUACUAGGAAUGCAGCAGAAUACAGUUUUGCAGCCACCCGUUGCAUCACUGCCUUCUACUAAUCCUUUCCUUUCUAUGGGGAAUUCUGUCCCUGGGCAAGAUUGGAAUCAGCAAUCUUCUGCAUGGAAUAUUCCUCCUAUUGGUGCUAAUGGUACUGGAACUAAUCCUGUAAUGUUAACACAUGAGUUUGGUCAGCCUACUUCCAUUUUGGCUUAUCUGAACUUCAGCUACUUGUGGAUAAUUGUGGACUUUUCCUUACCAUCUGACUCAACCAGGGGCGAACUUGUUACCAAAAGAGGCCUGGAAAUUUUGAUGUCAUCACAUGACUUGGAAUAAAAGAUUCAAUAAAUAUAGUUCUAAUAAAGAUGGAAAGUAGAAACUUUUUAUUCCAAAGCUAA